AUGCCGGUUUCUGAGCCCGCUGAGCAGCACCGGGGAUCGAACUCAGAUAAGAUAAGGGGCCGCCGUUGUGAUUCCGAAUCGAUAAAUGUAACACUUGUCGGUGGGCGCUACGCACUACGGAGGGCGGGCGGCGACGUCGGCGCCUCGCGUGCCAACUUAAUUGCACAACGUGCCACUGGCGUGCGAUACGCGCCCAACGCGAUCGCACCCGCUCAGCUACUCGCCGCUGUACUGGCGCGAGUGGCUCGACCCGUGGAAUCGGCUCACAAAAAUAUUGACGCUCGUCAUGAACAGAAGCUUUGUUCAAGCAAAGAUUUGGACAACACGGUCUCAGCUUCAAGUGGCAGAGGGUGGGUCGACGGGUGGCUUCGUUUCAGGCGAUACCAUCACGGCUCACGCACGCGAGCGAGGCACGCGGGAAUAAAUUUCACACCUGUCCCACAGUGCGUCGACAGAAGCCCGACUUUUAUCGCGCCGGUACGCACUCAUCGCUCGUCACGCGAUACACUGCGCGGUCGGGACGCGGCGUCUCAAAAGCGACGACCGCAAGCGGUAAUGGUGACGGAGCGGGUCAACAAUUUCGGCACGGUAGCGCACGCGAUGGACGCGCCAAUCGGCAUGGCG